AUGGCUCGGAACGCCUCAGUAGCAGAAAUCGACAUCAGCAAGACGGCCAGCUCAGCUGAUCACCAAGAGCACGCCCCCAAUCAAGAAAGACACAUUGCAUACGCUGCUGGUGGCCAGCCACAUCCUUCACAGGCUGCUAGGAAUGCCUCAGUUGGACUAGGCGAGGACGACAACAUCGACUUUGUUGACUGGGAUGGACCUGAUGAUCCCGAGAACCCAUUCAACUGGUCUACGACGUAUAAAUGGGUUGCAACCCUUACAACAUGCUUUAUAUCUAUCUUGACCGGCCUCCCAGCAGGUGCCUACGGCGCGGCUAGUGCCCAGAUGAUGGAUGAAUGGAACGUCGACAAUCAAUCGUUCCCAUUCCUCUCAUUCGCCUUGGUGACCUGGAAUAUGGGAGCUGCGAUCUUCCCUCUAGUCUUCGUCCCUUUGACCGAGACCACUGGACGUAUGCCAGGAUACUUCGUAAGUCUGCCACACGACAUCUCAGUCUCGAACUCACACCUCCCAGGUCUCAUACAUAUUCUUCCUCAUCUGGCUCAUCCCCUCAGCCCUAUCCCCCCAGCCCUAUCCCCCAACUUCGCCACGAUCCUCGUCACACGUUUUUUCGGCGGAGGGGCCAGCUCAGUCGCCAUCAACAUCGUCGGCGGCACAAUCACAGACAUCUGGAAAGGCGACAAACAACGCAGCCUCCCCAUGUCCAUCUUCGGCAUGACCAGCGUCGUCGGCAUCGCCCUCGGCCCCUUCAUCGGCGGCGCCAUCCAAAGCGGCCUAAACUGGCGCUGGAUAUACUGGAUCCAACUCAUCGUCGACGCCGGCCUCCUCCCCUUCUUCUGGAUCAUCCUCAAAGAAACCCGCGGCGACGUGAUCCUCGCCAAACGUGCCGCCAAACUGCGCAAGAACGGCUACCCCAACGCUUACGCGCGCUUCGAGAUCAACAAACCGGGCAUCCUGCAAGCCCUCAAAAUCUCCUUCAUGCGCCCGACCAAGAUGCUCGCGACCGAAUUCGUCGUCAUCUCCUUCACCAUCUGGGUCAGCUUCGCCUGGGGGAUCCUCUUCCUCUUCCAGUCCAGCGUCGCCAUCGUCUUCGCCAAACUCUACGCCUUCAACACCUUCCAAAUCUCCCUCAUCCAGCUCGCCAUCUGCGUCGGCGCCGUCCUCGCCACCCUCAUCAACCCCCUCCAAGACCACCUCUACCUAAACUCCGCCAAACGCAACCUCGAACGCCCGGGCAAACCCAUCCCCGAAGCCCGCCUCUACUUCGCCGUCCCCGGCUCCGUCAUCUUCGGCGUCGGCAUGAUCUGGUACGGCUGGGCGUCCUACUCCUCCCUCCACUGGAUCGUCCCCACCCUCGGCCUCGCCUGCGUCGGCAUAGGAGUCUAUAGCAUCUACCUCGCCGUCGUGAACUACCUCGCGGACGCCUACGAGAAAUACGCCGCAUCCGCCCUCAGCGCCGCGUCUAUGGGCCGCAACGUGACAGGCGCCUUCCUGCCCUUCGCCACGCCCGCUAUGUAUCGCACGCUAGGUUUCCAUUGGGCGUCCACGCUUCUCGGAUUGAUUGGACUGGUGUUGAGUAUUGUGCCCGUGAUUCUUUUGGUCAAGGGGGAGACGAUCCGCGCGCAUAGUCCUUUUAUGUUGGAUGCGACGUAUGAGGAGGAGGAAAGCGUGGAGAGGAGGGCGAGUCUUGCGUCUAGGUAA